UUUCGUCACUUCCGCACUUGCGCACUUUUCCUAAACCUUUAACGAACAGCGUACACAGAAAGGUAGAAAAAAUACUUAAUUUAUUAAAGAUAUGAACAUUUAGUGGGGAUGUGUAUUGUUAAAGUAGAACUACAUGAAAUAAUAAAGCGGAAGUAGUGAGCGGAACGAGCCUAAAGCCCUGUAAGUGCCUCAGAUUGCCGGACUACAGCCAUCUGUAGCAGGAGGAAAAGACCAGACCACUCGACAACAGGAGAAAAAACACGUCUCGAGGGAAACCAUGAAUCCUGAAUAUGACUAUCUGUUCAAACUGCUUCUCAUCGGGGACUCUGGAGUUGGGAAGUCUUGUCUUCUUCUACGCUUUGCAGAUGACACCUACACAGAGAGCUACAUCAGCACCAUCGGGGUCGACUUUAAGAUCCGCACCAUCGAAAUAGACGGCAAGACCAUCAAACUGCAGAUCUGGGACACGGCGGGUCAGGAACGGUUCCGUACCAUCACCUCCAGCUACUACCGCGGAGCCCAUGGCAUCAUAGUUGUGUACGACGUGACGGAUCAGGAGUCCUAUAAUAAUGUGAAGCAGUGGCUUCAGGAGAUCGAUCGGUAUGCCAGUGAAAACGUUAACAAGCUGCUGGUGGGAAACAAGGUUGACCUAACGACCAAGAAGGUGGUGGACUACACAACAGCUAAGGAGUUUGCUGACUCUUUGUCCGUCCCCUUUUUGGAGACCAGCGCCAAGAACGCCACCAACGUAGAGCAGGCCUUCAUCACCAUGGCGGCAGAGAUCAAGAAGCGCAUGGGACCGGGGGCCACAGUCGGCGGGGACAAGCCCAACCUAAAGAUCGAUAGCACCCCCGUGUCUGGGGGGGGUUGCUGUUAGAGGACGCUCAGCCGUGCCACCACACACACACGCACACACACACACACACACACCUCUCUCUACCCGAUCACACAUCCAUCUGUUGUAUCGUCAUUAUGCUAGUUCUCCAUCGUGUUACCCCACCCCCCUAAACACACACACACACGCACACACACACACCUCUCUCUACCCGAUCACACAUCAUCUGUUGUAUCGUCAUUAUGCUAGUUCUCCAUCGUGUUACCCCACCCCCCUAAACACACACACACACACACACCUUGAAGUGUCCAGGCGUAGAAACGUGUUUCAACUUUUAAGGGUUAAUUUAUCACCAGAGGUGAGUUAGGACGAGGGUCUGAGGACGGAGGACAAGAAGGUUGUUACGGGUUGUGGUUUUUGUCCAGAUUCUACCCACUGACUCGAGUCCAGUCAGACCUGGUCCUGGUCUGUGUCCACCCGUCCUCCUCAUCCCACCACACACACACACACAGUCCUGCACUGACGUCUAGUCGCCUGCUGCAGCUGCUCUGUGAACAAGACUUCCCUCGUGAGGCUCCGCCCACUCCUUUAGCUUGCCUCUGAUCUGAGAUCAGUUUGUGUGAGCUGUGGAUGUAAGCCAGUGAGGUACUGGGGUUCUCCUGGUGAGCUGGUGAGGUUUCUUCUAGCUUGGUGAGCUGUUCUCUGAUUGGCUCUUUUAGGAAGCUGUAAUCUUUCUUGUUUAUUUUUUUUAGAUCUGUUGACUUUUAUUUCUGUGAAUCAAAGCAGAUAUGAUGAGAUGCAGCAUCUAGUGCCGCUGCUCACAGUCGUAACUCGAGUGGACUUAAGUGAAGGUUUGGUUCUGGACCGAGACCUAACACCGGGCUCCCUCAGGCUCCUGCUGAGUCCAGGAAGUUGUUUUGGUCUCGCUAGACCAAGGUGUCGCUGAGGUAGUGGUGGAUCAGAUGGAGUUUCACACCUGAGUGGUUCUGAGACUUUAAUGUUGUUGUUGAAACAGGUUAGCAGCUAACAGCUGAGUAGUCCUCGUCCAGUGACCUGGAGUAGCAGAUAUAAGCUAGUCCACCAUCUGCUCAUGUAGCUGCCUUUAUCGGUGGUUUUCUGUUGGACCAGCGACCGUCCUCUAGCUUCACUCGUCUAAAAACGGGUGAACAGACUCCCCUUCCCCAUGGAGGCUGGCAGUGGUUAUGAAGUGAACCCAUUUCAGAUGAUCCAUAAAUAGAAGGUGAAGCAGAUGUGGUGCCAGUAGGUCAGUCAGUCAGGCUGGUGUGACACGUUUUGCUGUUCUAGUCAGGACCAGUGAAGACCAGGACCAGUACAGGAAGUCCUGUAUACAACCGAAAACUUGCUGCCAUUGCUGUAAAAAGCUGCUCUCUCUCUCUCACACACACACACACACACUGCUGGAACUGGGGUUAUGCCUCGUGUAGUGGUGUCGCGUGGAAGUUCUGGGACUGACUGGUCCUGGUUUGACCGGAUAUGAACUCCCAGCCGUCCGAUCCCGCCUACGCUAGCCCUGGGUCUGUCACAAGAUCCUGCUUUUAGGAGGCAGCAGAAGUGUGUGAGGGUUUCCAGACGUAGCUACAUGCCUGCCAUCACGCUGAAUAUAAACACACACACACACAGAUGUCCUGAGCUUUGGUCAACGCUUCCUUUUAAUUUAUUUUACUGUAUUUUCCAGCAGGUCUCUCUAGGACGGCUCCCGACGCGUCCAAGGGGACACUGAUGGGGAGGGGGGUGGUCAAGCUUCUGUUCGUGUGAUCUGCAUUAGUUUUUUAUUUGCACAGCUUGUUGCUUUCAUGAGCCGAGGUCCUGGUCAGACGCUGUUUGUUGGAAGAGCGCCAGGCUGAAGCUGCUUCUGCUCUUUCUUUCUGCAGCGUUUGAUCUUGUGUUUUUCUGUACAUAUUAUAAAUAUAUAUAUAAUAAAAGGAUUAGAAAAUUUUCACCAACAUGAAA